GAAACCGAGUUUAAGGGAGCGUUUGAAAGAGAGAGAAAGAAACAGCGACCAAUGCCUCCUCUCCUACUCUAAGCUUUAAUUUGAACUUCUUCCUUGUCUUGUCGAGACAGAGAGAGCAAAACUUUGGUCACAGAGAGAUCCGAUCAAAAGGAUCUCCGAUUCGAGCUAAGAGACAAGAACCGAGAUUCGAUUCCCCGGCGGCGAUGAACGGGAGACAGAGAUCUGGCGCGGCGGCGGUUCACCACCAGAGGCAACUCUCCGAUAACCCUCUCGACAUGUCUUCCUCCAAUGGCAGAUGGCUCCAAUCCACUGGUCUCCCGCACUUUCAGCCAUCCCCCAAUGAUUAUGGAUACUAUGGUGGUGGACAAGGAGGAGCAGGAGGAUACCAGAAUGCUCAGAGAAACGACUUCUUUGGAGAACCAACUACUCCUCAAUACGGUUCUCGUCCAUCGAGCCAACGAAGGAACAACGGUGAAUCUGAGUUUAGUCCCGGCCUCUUGGAUCUGCAUUCUUUUGACACUGAGCUUCUUCCUGAGAUUCCAGUCUCUACCCAAUUAGAUGGACCGUCAAUGUUCAAUCCUAGUCAAAGCCAAAGCUUUGAUGACUUUGAGGCUUACAACAAGCAGCAGCCGAACCGUAGCCGUGCCUUGGCUGAUAACUUGGCAGCUGAGAAGGAUAAGAUGAAUGCUGUUGCAAAGAUCAAAGUUGUUGUGCGUAAGAGACCACUUAACAAAAAGGAGUCGGUAAAAAACGAGGAAGACAUUAUUGACACACAUUCCAAUUGCUUAACAGUUCACGAAACCAAAGUCAAGGUUGACUUGACAGCUUAUGUUGAAAAGCAUGAGUUUGUGUUUGAUGCUGUGCUAGAUGAGGAAGUCUCAAAUGAUGAGGUUUAUCGUGAGACAGUGGAGCCUGUUGUGCCAUUAAUUUUCCAGCGCAUCAAAGCCACUUGCUUUGCAUAUGGGCAGACAGGUAGUGGCAAAACAUAUACUAUGAAGCCUUUGCCUCUUAAGGCUUCAAGGGACAUCCUAAGGCUGAUGCACCACACUUACAGAAACCAAGGGUUUCAGUUGUUCGUCAGCUUCUUCGAAAUCUACGGAGGAAAGCUUUAUGAUCUCCUCAGCGAGAGGAAGAAGCUGUGCGAUGCCAUCGUGGAGCUUAUCGAGAGAGGAAGCGCGACGAGAAGUACUGGAACCACUGGCGCAAACGAAGAAUCCUCUCGCUCUCACGCUAUCCUUCAGCUCGCUAUUAAAAAAUCAGCUGAGGGGAAUCAGUCAAAGCCCCCUCGCCUCGUUGGCAAGCUUUCUUUCAUCGAUCUUGCUGGAAGUGAACGAGGUGCAGACACAACGGACAAUGACAAGCAGACGAGAUUGGAAGGAGCAGAGAUCAAUAAGAGCUUGCUGGCGUUAAAAGAGUGUAUUAGAGCUUUGGAUAAUGAUCAAGGUCACAUCCCUUUUAGAGGGAGUAAGUUGACUGAAGUUCUGAGGGACUCUUUCAUGGGGAACUCUCGUACUGUGAUGAUAUCUUGCAUAUCUCCGAGCUCUGGAUCGUGUGAGCACACUCUUAACACCUUAAGAUACGCUGACAGGGUUAAGAGUCUCUCGAAGGGAAACGGCUCUAAGAAAGAUGUGUCUUCUUCAACGUUAAACCUAAGGGAGUCUACAAAGGUUCCUUUAUCUACCGCACUUCCUGCUCCUUCCAACUAUGAGGAUGACGUGAAUGAGAUGUGGAAUGAAGAGAACGAUGAGUUUGAUGCAUCGGAUUACGAGCAAGAGAAGCAAAUGUGGAAGAAAAACGUGAAGCCAGAGGUUUCGUAUGCACAGGAGAGAAUCCAGAAACCUAAUAUUCCAAUGAAGUCAAGAGACAUGCCAAGGCCUGAUAUGAAGAAGUCAAGCUCCGAUGACAAUCUAAAUGCACUUCUGCAGGAAGAAGAAGACCUUGUGAAUGCACACCGUAAACAAGUUGAGGAUACCAUGAACAUAGUGAAAGAGGAGAUGAAUCUGCUGGUUGAAGCAGACCAGCCUGGAAACCAGCUAGAUGGUUACAUUUCAAGACUGAACACAAUUCUCUCUCAGAAGGCUGCAGGUAUACUCCAACUGCAGAACCGUCUUGCUCAUUUCCAGAAGCGCCUUAGGGAGCACAAUGUAUUGGUCUCUACUACCACUGGGUACUGACCCCUCCUCCUCGAGUAUAGACUGGUCCUCCUUUUAUCGACCUCAUCUAAGGUUUUGCAUUGGUGCCCCCUCUGCUGGCUUCGAAUGGAGAUCAGAAGUUUAUUUAUUUACAGCUUGCUGAGAACCCUACAUGGAAGAGUAUGAUUACAGAGUUUCUUAUAUAUGCAUUCUGAUGCUGCUGCAUUUUGAAUUGGAUCAGAUUAUUGUAAUGGAUUAAAUACCUAUGUAAUAAUAAUAUUUACUUUUGUGAUAUUAAUGAGCUUGCCUUGUA